AUGCACGGUGAGGGGAUUUUAAAAGAGUAUAAAAACGGCAUUCAGAAAGUUUUCGAAAAGAUAGGAGAGAUCGAGGGACUAAACAUUUUAUUCCAUUGUACCGCAGGAAAAGACCGUACAGGUGUCAUACUUGUUUUCUUUGGUGCCUCGGAGGAGGAAAUUGCGCUGGAUUAUGCAUUAACACGUAUUGGGACUGAAUCGCACAGAGAAAGGUUGUUACAGGGGAUGUUGAAAUGGGUAGGAGAGAAGGGUUUGGAACAGCCGGGACUAGAUGAUUUAUCUAGUGCAAAGGGGGAAAACAUCGUCGCACUUUUACAUUGGAUGGAUGUGGAAUGGGGAAGCGAUGUGGAGCAGAAUGUAAAUUGUUGUGAACAUGUAGGAGGUAGAAAAUGGAGUGGUGUUGAGGGAUAG